AUGUCGGAAGAAAGGAAGAUUUACCAACCCAUCCACCCCUCGGUCCGCGCGCAGCUGGACCCUGAAUACGUCGCCCUUCAUGAUAGCAUAAUUCAAUUCAUGGAACCCUCCGAGGCGCAGCCUUGGGAUCCUGCCUCGCGGUCCAAACCCAACCCGCUCGCCCACACCACGCAAAAGCUCUCGCCUGUCGGUAAGACUUGGGAUGAGGAGUUGGGAGAUGGAAUUCAGGUGCGCGUGUUCGUACCGGAAGGUGAAGCACCGCCACAAGGGUGGCCAUGCAUGGUGUGGUUGCAUGGAGGUGGCUGGGUCAACGGCGGACUAGACAGCGAGAACGGUUUCUUGACUCAUGUUUGUAAAUAUGUGAAAUGUGUGGUAGUCACGAUAAACUACCGCCAUGCGCCUGAGCAUGUCUAUCCGGCCGCCGUGGAUGACUGUCUUACUGGUUUCAAGUGGAUAGUUGAACCUUCGAAUGCCUCACGUCUUAACAUCAACACCUCUCUCAUCACAGUUGCCGGGCUUUCAGCCGGUGGCAACUUGGCCGCAGUCCUUACCAUGAAGGCAUCUCUGGCGAACGUGACUCCAGAUCCCAUAUCUCAACUCCUCAUUUGCCCUGUCAUUGACAGCACUGCCACCGCGGAGACAGGAUGGGCACUCUCUAAGCACGUCCCUUGGUUGACCCCAGGUCGCAUGACCUGGUACCAGGACCUUUACUUUUCGCAACCCGAAGACAAGAAGAAAUGGGACGCAUCGCCUUGCUUUGCCCCUGAGGAGAUUCUUAAGAAAAGCCCCAAGACGUGGGUAGCCGUGGCGGAAGUGGACCUUCUCACGAACGAAGGAUUGAAGUACGCGGAUCAGUUGAAAGAUGCGGGUGUUGAGGUCCAGACGAAAGUUUACAAGGGCGCCACUCACUCUGUGCUGGUACUUGCUGGUGUACAUCAGAUCAGUCGGCAACUGGUGCAUGACGCUUGCGGCGUGCUUGCUGCGGGCUUCGGUUCGACUUAUGACCCUGCACAGUCACCCAUUUUUUCUCAGCAAGAGUAG